AAGUGUUCGGUUUGACUCUUUGACUGACGCCAUUUGUUAAAUAUUCGCGUGGUUUGUUGUAUAUUUGUGACUGUGGCUAGGUUUUCUAGUUUUAUCAAUUGUAAAACGAAUUAUAUGGUAGCUCAUCAUACGAUAUGGAUCCUGCAAAACUAAAAGUGGUGGAUUUGCGCCAAGAGCUCCAGGCAAGAGGCUUGGACACGAAAGGAGUUAAAGUGACACUGGUGAAACGCCUAAAGGAUGCUUUAGAACAAGAAUCAAAAGAAUCUGAGAAACAAGCUGUGGAUGAGACAGUUUUAGAUGAAAAUGUUGGUGAAUCAAGGAAUAAUAUUAAGAGUGAAAAAUCUCCAGUUAAAACUCCAAUUAAAGAGGAAAGCGGCACUCAGAAAAUAGCACUUAAAUCUCCAUCUCCAGUAAAAGUUGGGCUUAAAGACGAAUGCGAAGAUGAAGAAAUGUCAGGUGAAGAGAGUUUCCCAGAAAACCCAAAGGUUAUUUCUGAAAAACUACCUGAAGCAGUUUCUGACAAAGUUUCUGAUGAAUUAGUAUCAGAUUCGAAAGAUGAGGAUGGUAAACCUGAGGAGAACGGAGAUCACACAGCCGAGUCCAAAAUUCGUGAACCUCAUGAAGAGUCUAAAUCUGAAGAAAGUAAUACACAGACUGUCAGUACUAAUGAUACAGUUGCCCAAAUUGGUAACGGAAAGAGGAAACGACACGACGAUUCGUUUGAAGAGGAAGAAAGACGUGUAAAGAAACCAAGAGAGAAAACUUAUGAACCAGUUACUAUUAAAGAGGAUGAACCAGACAUUAAAUAUGAAAAUGUGCAGAUAAGUUGGAUCGAUUCUGAUCUACAUCUUCAAAUAGAUAAGGAAUCCUUCUUGUCAGCUAAACCUCUUAAUGAUGGUUGUUUUGGCUUUAUAUGGGCGGGCGCUCGUGCGACCUACGGGAUAAACUCUGGAAAGGUUUGUUUUGAAGUUAAAAUAACUGAAGAACUUAAAUGGGAAGAUCCAUCUAAAUACAUGCAAGAUCGUAGAGAUAGAGAUAGAGGAAGAUACAAGAGUGGUAAACAACAAUACCAGUUAAAGGAGUCUAAUAAAACAACUGAAAAUAAGCAUGUCAAUAAAGAAGAUGAACCUAAUAAACCAACUGAAAAUGAGUCUGCCAAUAAACAAGACGAAUCUACAAAUAAGGAUGAAGCGGAAAGGACUGAAAAAUCAAAUGAUGGCACUGAAAAUUCUGAGAACACUAAUAAAACAGCCGAGUCAAAUUCUGAAGACACUAAUAAAAUAGCUGAGUCUGAAAAUAUGGAAACCGACGAAAAUAAGCAAGUUCAAGCUGAAAAUGUUGCAGAAAACGAGGAUACCAGUAACAAUCAAGAAAUAACGGACAAUACAGUUGCUGAAGAAACGAAAGAAAGUACUGGAUCCAACGAAGAUAAACCAAGUACAGAGCAGGUUGUUAAGGAACCAAUACCAAUCUAUUACUUUAGAGUGGGAUUUUCUUUACCCAAAUCGACAUUACAACUGGGUGAAAGUAUAUACUCAUAUGCUUAUGAAUCUACUGGAAGGUUUAUAACUGAUAAACAGUUCCAAGAUUAUGGAACAACAUUUGGAGUCGGAGAUGUUAUAGGAGCAUAUUUAGCUAUUGACGACCAACAAGUUACCAUAACAUACACAGUCAAUGGUGUUUCUCAGUCGGCUAUUACCGUCCCUCGAUCCGAGAUUACUCUAGAAGAACUUACCCUCUUUCCUCAUAUACUGUGCAGGAAUUAUGCCUAUGAAGUAAACUUUGGUAAUAGAGAAGAACCAUGGUUUCCCCACCCUGACGAACUGAAAGAUUACAACUUUUUACAAUCAGCACCAAAUAAAGUGUUGGGAGUUAAAAGUUUGGAAAAACGGAGUGAUUGUGAACUGAUAUUAAUGAUUGGUUUACCUGGGUCUGGAAAAACUCAUUGGAUUCAGCAACAUUUGGAGUCAAGCAGUGACAAAGUCUAUUAUGUUAUUGGAAAUGACGCAAUGUUUGAGCGAAUGACGGUCGAUGGACAGCCAUUCAAAUCACGGUUUAGGGGUUCGUGGAAAGUGCUAGUUGAUCAACUUCAGAAAUGCUUUAAUAAAAUUACUGAAAUUUCAUCUACACGUCGACGAAACUUUAUUAUUGAUCAGCAGUCAAAUGUAUUCCGCCAAAGUCAAAUUAGAAAAUUAAGACUUUUUGAAGGAUUCAAGAGAAGGGCAGUAUGUUUGGUUUGUAAUGAAGAAGAACUUUCUCGCAGACAUAAGCAAAAAGAAGCUGAACAGGGUAAAGUUAUUCCCCAAAGCACGCUUAUUGAUCAUAAAGGUCAAAUGCACAUUCCUGAGGACUUUACUGAUUUGGAAUUUAUAUACCCUGAAUUGAAUGAAGAAGAGGCGAAAAAUCUUAUUAAGAAAUAUCAUGAAGAAUAUCAAAAGAAAGGUUAUAACAAGAAAGGUUUUAAUAAUCGCAGAGACAAUAGAAGAAAUUAUUAUCCGCAAAACAACUAUAGAGACAGAUUUGCGGGAGGACGAUACGACAGAUAUUCUUCAGGUGGAUGGGGUGGUCGCCCAGGUGGCGGUUGGAAUAGAGACAGAAGAGACAGUCGAAACCUACAACCUCCAGCUGAUUCUGGAUGGAGACCGCAACCAAGUAGAAAUCCCGCUUAUGCGUCUCGAAAUAGCUACGGAGGUGGUUGGGGCGGCGGCGGUCAAAGCCAGGGUUGGAAUCAACAAGUGUUUGGUUCUCAUGGUUACGGAGCGUGGUCCCAAAAUCAACAAGGUUGGAGAUAUAGUGGACAAGGAGGAUAUGGUGGAAGUGGUGGACAGGGUAAUGCAAGACAUGGUCAACAAGGAUGGAAUUAUUAUGGCCAGUACAAUCAACAUCAAGGGUGGGGUAGUCAGCAAGGCCGGAAAUAAAGAAUGCUUUUGACCACAACACAUCUUCAUAAUGUUCUCAUUUUCUGAGAAAUGUAAUUUAAGUUAAAAUUUAGCAAAAUAAUGAAUUGUGAGGAUAAAUCUGGUAAUGCACUUUAAUGCUAAAUCAACUUGUUUAAAGAGAUGGUAAACUGAUUUUAAAUUUUCGAUUGAAGGUUGUUGGGAUAUAAACCAUAAUAUCUAUCUUCAUACAAUUUACAUAUUUACUUUUUUAUGAUAAUAUUUUAAACAUUUCGUCCUCUAUAUCACAUAAAGACGAAACUGAAAACUCGAAAAAGCGAGUUAACGCCACUUUAGACUUCCAUGCAGACAUAACUUUUAUCUCACAAAGUACUGUAACUGUAUCUAUCACGGUAUCAAGGCGGUGAUAGUAUUUGGAUUCAACGUGUCUUACAAAAGUUACGUAAAAUUAUUAAAGUUUAAUAUAAGUAACUUUAUUUUCUUCUUUCCUGACAAAUUUACUAAAUGCGAGUUACGCCAGUACGUGAAAUAGGGGACGAUUUGUUUAAAAAAUAAGAAACUUGUGUUAUAUAGUGAAAUUAUCAGUAUUCCAAAGUUGGGGUCAAUGUGAAAUAUAUUCUACAGUAUAUUUUACUAGGACAAUGGGAAAACAUAAAUUGACUAACUUAAUUAUAUAAAAUGACUUAAGAUAUUUUAAGAAAUUAAAUGUUUUUUUAUUAAUUUUUGCCAAUUUAUAUUUGGCAAUCACUAUAUGUGUUGCAAAUAAAAAAAACUUUUUUUAAGUAGUUUGCACUCUUGUAUGUAGUUAUAAAUAUAUUUUCCAUAAAUUGUAAAAAAGAUCCGAAUAAGGAAAUAUAAAAUUUAACAGACAGUUAAAAUUUUUAUUUACAUUUAUGUAAACUGUACAGGGUGUACCAUUUACGUGUAUUUUACAGGGUUUCUCGUUUAUGAGUAGAGACACAAAGAUACGGCUUUCACAUCACUGUGCUACUUUUUUAUAGAACUAAAGAUGCUACACACAGAUUAGCCCUCUUAGUUUCUGAGAUGCAGGGCGAAUUUGAAAAUUUCGCAUCGAGAUCGAAAAAAUGCAAAAUUUUGAAAUUCGUCUAUAUCAGGAACUAGGGGGGCUAGGAAAAAUCUGUGUGUAGUAUCUUUAGUUUCAAAACGUAGAAUUUAAAAAGUGAUGUGAAAAUCGCAUCUUUGUACCUUACUCAAAAAUAAUGAGAAACGCUGUAAAUGGGACACUCUGUACAAUUACUACCAUAUUACAGUCAUUGUAUAUAAUGCUUUCCCAAAAUAACUGGAAAUAAAAGUUUUAUUUGUUUGACAUUUUAUUAUUAACUGAUCCAUUUAUUAUACCUAUUUCCAUCAUUUUCCAAAAACAAAAUCAACUUAAUUGAAACAGAAACAGAGGGAAUUCAUUGUAUAUAUGUGGCACUGUUUUUUUUUCUGAAAUGUAGAUUGAAACAUUAAUAAUAAUAAAGUCUUUAUUGCAACAAUUAACAUAAAUUAUUACAAAAGGAGGUACAUUCUAUUUAUUUUUUGUUUCUCUAUAGAACGCCUCGAAAUAACUUAGCAUUUUUAGUAAUUGUAUAUAUAUUUUAAAUAGAUCUUUUAAAAAAGAAAUCCACAUUUGUUUUUAUUUACGUUUUAUUGUAUUUUUGUUACUUUUAUAUACAGGGUGUUUCCGAAGUAGUCUAAGAAUUCUAGGGUGUGAUUCCUCUUAUGUUUUUAGGAAAAAAAUUAUAUGAACAUGAGGUCUAGAGUACUUCCUGUCUGAUCUACAGGGUGUUAAUUUUUUUAAAUCGGAUUUAUUGCAAUAUGUUAGAAACUACUUCAGUUUUAGUAUGUGAUUUCCUGGUAUAAAAUCAACUGUUGUUUUUCUGCUUGGAGCAGUGGUGUCCGUACGCACAUAUCUCUGGAUUAUUUGAUUAAAAUAAAUGAAACGCCACUGCUUUUCUUCGAAAAAAAUCUUGGUUGCACUUCUUUUUUAAAUAAGAUUGAUCUCAUCGACCGGAUUUCGAGAUGAAAAAUCAACUAAAAGCUCGAAUUGUUAUCCAUUGUAUGCUCCUUUUCUAGCGAUAUUUUCUAGCAUUUCUGAGAUAUGCAAUGUAAGUAUGUAUUGACAAUCCAGAAAAAAAGUUUUUCAAAAAAAAACAGUAGGUUGCCAUUUACUUUAAGUAAGAAAUUCGAUUUUCUUAAAUUUUUAACACCCUGUCGAUCAGAAAGAAAUUACUUUAUACCCCAUGUUUAUAGAAACGUUUUGUCUUAAAACAUAUGAAGAAUCACACCCUAUAAUGUUUAGACUAGUUAAGAAAUACCCUAUAUGUACAACAUUAUAUGGAUAUUUCUAAUAUUAUUUCAAUAGUAAAUGUUGGCACUUAUGUAUAAAUUUAUAACUAGUAAACGAGGUAUUAUAUGUAUAUAGAAUAUUCAUAGUACAACAAAUUAAUUAAUAACCUAACAUUUAAUAGUUUACUCAAUUAAUCUGAACUUUUUAUUGGAUAUUAGUACCAUACGAUUGAAAAAAAUCGGCGUCAGAGAUGAUUUGGAAAUGAAGAUCUGUCAUUUUGUAUGUAAAAUUAUAUGGGGAAUGUCAUCGAUCGUCGCUUCCGCGCCAACUGGAUGCCUUUUUUUUCGAUUAUAGAUCUUUUUAAAUAAAAGACAGCUAUUUAAUAAAGAAUGUCCCAUUGAGUUAAUUCAAUAUGUAACAUAGUAUACGUCGUGGUUUGAAAUAAAAACUGAUUUUUCCAAGUA